CACAAAUUGGCUGGCGGCCCCACAAUCAAUUCCUCGAUGCCGAAUUGUCUUGGGUGUUUUCCGCAGCUUUUCUUGCCUGUUUGGAUUCACCAGCUCAGAGCAACAGCAAAGACGACGACAAGCAACCCAAGUCAGCACCGCCUCUCCAACACACACAAGACAGCCAAACAUGACGGAGCGCCAAUUGGACUGCGCAUUGGAUCUGAUGCGCCGCCUUCCUCCCCAGAACAUUGAGGAGAACCUGACGGGUGUCAUUGACCUGGUUCCCAGCCUGUGCGAGGAGCUGCUGUCGUCCAUUGAUCAGCCCUUGAAGAUUGCCAAGGACGAGGCAAGCGGCCGCGACUACCUUCUCUGCGAUUACAACCGCGACGCCGACUCAUACAGGUCACCAUGGUCCAACAAGUACGAUCCUCCACUGGAGGAUGGUGCUGUGCCCUCCGACUCUCUUCGCGAGCUCGAGAUCCAGGCGAACCAGGCCUUUGACACAUACCGCGAGCUGUACUAUGAGGGCGGUGUUUCCUCCGUGUACUUGUGGGACCUGCAGGAGGGCUUUGCAGGCGUCAUCCUCAUCAAGAAGGUUGGCGAUGGCUCGAAGAAGAUCAAGGGCUGCUAUGAUUCGAUCCACGUGUUUGAGGUGCAGGAGACCAGCCGCGGCUCCAACGCCACAUACAAGCUCACCUCAACCGUCAUGCUUUGGCUCGAGACGAACAAAGAGACCAGCGGGAUGAUGCAGCUUGGCGGUUCGCUGACGCGCCAGGCGGAGAAGACGCUGACGGUGUCGCAGAGCAGCCCGCACAUUGCCAACAUCGGCACCAUGGUGGAGGAUAUGGAGAACAACAUGCGCAACACGCUCGACCAGAUUUACUUUGGCAAGACAAAGGAUGUUGUCAACUCGCUCCGCUCCGUCAACCCGCUGUCGUCCGAAGGACUCAAAAAGGACCUUCAAGCAGAGCUCUUCAAGACCCUCAAGCGCAAGUAAACGCCUCCAUUCCUGCCCUUCUCUCCCUCUCCUUCUCCCCAUCACCCUUUCUUCCCUCCUUCCGCUUUAUGCUUGUUCAUUUGCCUGUUGGUGUUCGUGUGUGAUUGUGCGUGAGCGACCGCUUGCUUGUCAGUGGCGUGUCCCUGUUGGAGCUUAGAGAAAGUCUUCAUGUUGUGUGGCAGAUGUGUGUACACGUGAGUGCCGUUGAUGGUGUGAGUGCAUGGAGCGAAUGACAAUGUGUCUGUCUACGUCUUGAUGUUUUGUUUGCUUUGGUGUGUUCAUUGUCAUGGCGCGCGUGUGUAUGUGUGUGCGUGUGUGUGCGUGCAACAUUGCGGGAGGUACAGAGUGCAGUGUGCAGUGCGUGGCCCUCGUUCUCAUGUCCUCUGUUAUGAGUUACAAAAGCAAUACAGCAUUUUUUUCUUUC